AGCGACGCCAUCUUGUCGAACGCCGCCCCGGGGCCGCCAUGUCGGUGAGGAGCAGUCACCGCCACGGCCACUGUCCAAACCCCUGCGUCGCGGCGCGCUCGCCCGCCCGCUCCCGAGCCUCGGCCGCCGGCGGCGAGUAGAGACUAGCGUGGCGGCGCCGGCCGCGGCCGCGCCCGUGUUUGCAGAGAGCCCAUCUCUCUGGCGUGGUUGUUAACAGACUGGAAAGUCUGUGUCUGUGUCGCUCACUAGUAACCGUGAGUUUUUACCGCCUCGUUACGGCGGGCGGCGGGGGUCCCGCGCCCCGCAGACCGGCCCGCAGCCCCGCCCCGCUCCUGACCAAACAUGACAGACUGUGAACACGCAGGGCGCGGCAGAGAAGAUGGUGAAUUAGAAGACGGUGAAAUUGAUGAUGCAGGAUUUGAAGAAACACAAGAACAGGAAGAGAAGCAGAAAAAUGAGAAAGCCUACAGAAAAUCAAGAAAAAAACACAAGAAAGAAAGAGAAAAGAAAAAAUCCAAAAGGAGAAAACGUGAGAAACAUAAGCAUAAUUCUCCAUCUAGUGAUGACAGUUCAGACUACAGCUUUGAUUCAGAUGUCGGACAUACAGAAAGUUCCCACAAAAAAAGAACUGGUUUCUACAGGGAUUAUGACAUUCCAUUUCCUCAGCAUGGGCACAUAUCAGGAAGCUACAUGACAUCAAGGAGGAGUCAAUAUAACAAAAAAUUUAAAAGUAAAGAAUAUGGUGAGUACAGUACCUACAGUGAUGACAACUUCGGUAACUACAGUGAUGACAACUUCGGUAACUACAGUCAGGAAACAGAAGAAGAUUUUGACAGUCAGCUCAAACAUUACAGACAAGCUAAAGAACCCUCCAGUAUUGCUUUAGGAUCAUCAUUUUUUAAAGAACCAGGGAAAAAACAAAGAAUGAAAGGAAUUCAGCAAGAAACAAGAGCCCUGGCGUGGUGGUUCAGUUUGUUGGAGCAUCAUCCUGUAUACAAAAAAGGUACUGAACAGAGGCUUAAAAGUUUUAAUGUUGGUCGUGGACGAGGUUUGCUGAAGAAAAUCAAACGCAAAGACCGUGGGGGAAGAGUCAGUAAAGGGCCCAGUAUGUUUUCAGGAAUGGAUGACUUUCAAGAGUAUAAUAAACCAGGGAAAAAAUGGAAGGUGAUGACUCAGGAAUUUAUUAAUCAGCACACAGUGGAACACAAAGGAAAACAAAUCUGUAAAUACUUUCUGGAAGGGAGAUGUAUUAAGGGAGAUCAAUGUAAAUUUGAUCAUGAUGCAGAGUUGGAGAAGAGGAAAGAGAUCUGCAGAUUUUAUUUACAAGGAUAUUGUACGAAAGGGGAGAACUGCAUUUACAUGCAUAAUGAAUUUCCAUGCAAGUUCUAUCAUAGUGGAGCAAAAUGUUACCAAGGAGACAAGUGUAAAUUUUCACAUGAUGAUUUGACAAAAGAAACGAAGAAACUUUUGGACAAAGUGUUGAACACUGAAGAGGACCCCACAAAUGAGGAUGAAAGAGAGUUAGAGGAACUUAGGAAGCGCGGCAUAACCCCUCUUCCCAAACCACCUCCAGGAGUGGGCCUCCUGCCAACCCCAGCAGAGCACUUUCCCUUUUCUGAUCCUGAAGAUGACUUUCAGACAGAUCUCUCUGAUGAUUUCAAGAAAAUCCCAUCUCUUUUUGAAAUAGUUGUAAAACCUACUGUGGACUUAGCACAUAAGAUUGGGAAGAAACCACCAGCAUUUUAUAGCAGUGACUCGCCACCAGGACCACAAUAUCAGGAAAGCAGCCCACAUCCUCAGCAUAUCUACAGUUCUGGGUCAAGUCCAGGUCCCGAACCUAAUAUGUCUCAGGGACACAGUAUUCCUGUGAUGCACUCAGGCUCCCCUAGACAUCAUCCAUGUGCAGGACCUCCUGGCCUACCAGUGCCACAGAGCCCACCUUUGCCACCCGGUCCACAUGGAGCUGGAGUAAUUGUUCAACCAGAUGGACCUUUGUCAGUACCAAGUAUGAGUGGUGCUUACCAUUGUCCGAGCUUUCCAGAACACAUGAUGAAAGUACCCAGAGAGAAUCACGGUUCUCCAGGCUCAUCACACCUGCAAGGUUCUGGUGAAAUGCAGCUCAGCACCAGUUAUGAGUCCCUACAAAACCCCGCUGAGUUUUAUGAGAAUUACUAUUCUCAGCAUGGUGCACCUAAUUUUCAGCCACCCAGUAACUCUAGUGAUGGGAUGUGGCAUGAUGAGUUUGCUCAGCAUCAGCCUCCCAUUGUUCAAGACUCACCUAACCGUGGGAGUAGGUGUGAUGGCAGCGGCAACAUGACAGGCCAUGACCCCCUGCCUGCACCAGGCCUCCUCCCUGCAGUGCAGAGAGCUCUUUUUGUCAGACUUACUCAGAAAUACCAAGAAGACGAAGAACCAAGCAGCACCCACCCUCAGAGGGCACCCAGCAAAGAAGAAGAUGAUCCUGUUAACUGGUAUUCCAGUAGUGAAGAGGAAGAAGGGAGCAGUGUCAAGGCAAUCCUGAAAACGUUACAGAAACAAACAGAAACUUUAAGGAGCCAGCAGCAGUCUUCCUUGGAACUCGGCACUCCUACUGAUCCAAGACUUGCUAAAGAGAAGAGUAAAGGGAACCAGGUGUCUGACCCUCGACUUAGGACCAUCCCAAGACAAGACAUUAGAAAGUCUUCUGAGUCUCCCGCACAGGGUCUCAGACUCGUGUGGGAUCCCAGGAAACCAAGAGGAAACGGAAGUGGGCAGGCGAGCUCCUCUGCUGGUGCAGCAAAGUGCGAUUUACAUCAUGCACAUUCCGGCGCUAACAUCAAACACAAGAGAGGAGAUGAUGAGGAAGAGGACACAGAACGAGAACUGAGAGAAAAGGCUUCCUUAAUACCCCUGGACUCUCCCCCCGGGGCAGUGCUCCAGGAUCCACGGUCGCAGCUGAGGCAGUUCAGUCACAUUAAAAUGGAUAUCACACUCACCAAGCCCAACUUCGCAAAACACAUCGUGUGGGCUCCAGAGGACUUACUUCCAGUCCCUUUACCAAAACCCGACCCCGUCUCUUCAAUCAGCUUACCUCUGCCCCCUCUAAUAGCUGACCAGAGGCUAUGGAAUUCGAAAAGCGAUCUCCAUCAAAGCACAGUACCCCUGGAUUCAAAAUUGGCAGUCAAAGCCAAAAUUAACACAACAAGCAGAGAAGGCUACCUGGAACCUUUUGGGGACUUGCACAGUUCAGCAAGUAAAUUGGGAGACCCCAGGCUACAAAAAAAAUGUGAUCCUAGACUUCACAGACUGCACAACACAGUAUCUCAGCAAGCAGUUACGAAGGAGUCACAUACACCAAAGUGUGCCCCUCACUUGGCCAGGUUAAGCCCUGGUGCAUCACAGCCCUCAGCGGCAGUAACCAGCGACUCUGGGCCUGGGGUUUUGCCUCCCUACACUCCUAAACUGUCGCCUUCAGCUGGUGUUCCACUGGGGACUCCAAGUUCAGUUCUCAGUGGUAUUAGUUUGUAUGACCCUAGGGAGCCUGGCUCAUCAUCUGCUCCAGAGCCAGCAACGGAAAAUGCAGAGAACCAGAAAAAAAGUGGUGGUUUAAAAGGCAGUGACAAAAAUGAGCGCGCUCCUGGAGAAGCAGCCCUGCCACAGAAAACCACUGCCGACGCGGAGGCCACUGUCCAUGGGCCAGCCGACGCACCGGCCCAUGUCCCCAGCAGCUCCUGUGCAGGCCAGGUCCCCGCAGUGCACAGCCUUCCUGUGCAGGCGUUAACAGGCUUAAUGAAACCCCAGUACAGUGAUCCCAGGCAGUCCAGGCAGCUGGGACAGCUGAGCCCCACCCCAGAAGAUGACCCCAGUGGGGAAACAGAUGACAAAUCUCUGAAAGAGGUUUUUAAAACUUUUGAUCCAACUGCUUCACCAUUUUGCUAGCUACUGUGUAAUUAAGCAGUUCUUUUCAGUCUCGUGACCAUAGCAGUCCUCGCUGUUUUGUAACUGGUUUACCUCUAUAGUUUAUUUAUUUUUAAAUUAUGAACACUUUUCAGCUGCUAGUAUCAGAACCACAUGAAGUUAUAUCCUCUAAAGGCUGUGGUAUUUUAUAUAAUAUUUUUAUAAAUUUAAGAGACAGUAGCAAGUGACAUAGAAACCUAUAUAUCAUGUUAGCUUCAGUAAAAAUACUUUUUUUGUAAAUAAACCAUCAUGAACUGGACACUCUGCCUGAAUAUAUGCCAGUUGUCUUUCUUAAUCAAUGUUUAGAUAAAUGAUUACCACUUUUAUAUGGUUGUUCAUUUCAAGCAAUAUGAUGUAUAUUACUUUUGGGAAACAGUAUUUUGACUAGGAUCCUCUCUGUCAACACAUAACUGCUAACAAAAAUGUAAAAUGAAAUAAAACAUUUUAAAUCAUAGUUAGCAGAACAGUUCAUAUUUAAGGGCAUCACUUUUAUUAAUGUGGGCAAUAUUGUGUAAAUGAAGCAUUUGAAUGUCAUAUCUUUUAAAAAAUAUUUUAUUGUAUCAUAGAAGUUAGAGAUAUAUAAGUAGAUUGUUUUGCUGAAGUGAAAAUUCCCAAGUUCUCUGACAUACCUUUUUACAAUUAAUUUUCAUAUUAAAUAGUUAUGAGUUACUGCUGUCACCUGGUGAUGUUUAUGUGUGCUCAUGUGUUUUGUCUUUAGCAGUAUAAUUUAUAUUACUUUUUCAAAUGAUGUAGAUACAAUAAUUGUAUUCAUCAUGACCUUGGCAAUUUUUACAAACUUUUAAAAGAUUCAGUGAAAGUCUAUCGUGAUUAUUGCAUUGAUAAUGUUUUAAGUGUCCAGGUUCCAUAUUUUUUUAAAUAGCAAGAAAACACAGAGAUAUUGUAGUCAACUGUGUGGCUACCAAUAAAAAAACUUUCAGAUCU